AUGUCGCCUGAUUCUGGGAGAAAUGCAGUCAGAUUUCCUCGGCAGAGGGUACGGUUACCCUACCCUCGUUCAAGAUCUGGAUGCCUAGUUUGUCGACGUCAGCACAAGAAAUGUGAUGAACGUCGUCCAGCAUGUUCUCGCUGUUUGGCAAAGGGGAAGGAUUGCCAAUGGCCAGGUGCUGUUCGGCGUGAGGCUGAUCUCGAAAAAUCGCCGUCCGUCCAUGACGCUCCGUCUCCAAUCCGGGAAGUCCCUUCUGAUCCAAGCCCCUGCAGGGAGGAACCGUUCUCCUCAACCUCCACCUCCAACGAUGUUGUAGAGUUGGAGGAAGAGCUUUUGCGUCUGCUUGCACCACCAGGUUGCUCCUUGGGCUCUGUGUCCUCCAUGUUUUUAGCCCACUUUGUCGGCGAGACCAGCAGAUACAUGACUACCGUGAGCCCGGAGAAGAAUCCGUUCCUAACGCACAUUCUCCCCCUGGCUUUCUCUGAGGAGUUGGUACUCCAUUCAUUACUGGCUCUUGGAGGGGCCCACUUGGAAAGUAGACAAUCCUCUCCCGAAAUCAAUACAUGGGUAUGCCGACACUAUGGACGAGUCAUACAUCUACUACAAGACAUCAUUUCGCAAAAAUCAGACCAGCCAAUUGACUGGCUUCGAGCUUCUCUUGCUCUGUUGAUGCUGUACCUUUUUGGAGUUUUCAAUUCCAUGCAAUCUGGAGGUGCAAUUGUACAUAUUCGAGCCGGGAAGAAAGUUAUCCCAAAACUGUUGAGUGCUGCUUCGUCGAAAACGAAUAGUAUGCGAACACUAUGCGGUAUAACAUUCGAGUUAUACACCUACCUGUCCCUUAUAACCACCCCUACCCCUUAUGACAAUGGGACACCAUCCGAGCUGGAUACUCGCAACUCCCUUUUGCUGUCCUGGGAACUUCUCAAAUCCCAUGGAGGUUUUGGCGUCAUUGUUUCUCCAAUACAUCGAUACUUGGAGAUUAUCCCGCGUGUGGUUGCCCUUUGCACACGCCGCCAAUCAGAAUUGACCUUCAACGAAUGUUCUUCGGAAAGCUUGAUGGUUUUCAAUGAGCUGAUGGCUAUCAUUAAUACUAUAGGCUGUGAGGAUGACUCGGGAUCCGCGCUAAAUCUCGAAGCCCGCCAUAGUCUCUCGAUCUCAGCAGUUUAUCGUCAUGCCUUGACAAUCUUUGCAUACGAUGCUAUGUGGUGUGGUACCAUUGCCAGUGACGAGUCCCGUCUAUUGAUCGUUCGUCAGCAUGCUCUUGGUGCGCUGACAUUAUUACCAACCUUAAUGAAAACGCAUUACCGGAACUUACUUCUGUGGCCAACUAUCGUGAUUGGAUCUUGUCUUCUCAACGAAGAAGAACUCGAUAUAAUUCGAUCGGUAUUGUCUACUACCCAGCCAAUAUUUGUGAUUAUGAAGAUGAGAAUGAUGCUUGAAAGACUUUGGGCUGAGAAUGACCCUGUCUACUUUGGACCCUAUGGAUUGCAAAAACACAUGAUGGUACAUGACACUGUUAUCUAUCUUGCAUAA